GAGCUAGUUCAAGCGAGGAAGGAUGGAAAAGGGGGAGGAGGCCCAGCUUCAUCUCUCCACAGGAAAUCUGUGCAGCCCAAAGCUUCAGUUCCACUGUGUUUGUGAGCGCAGCAGCAGCAUGGUGAGCCGUGUGGAACAUCCUGCUGCAGGCUACAAGAAGAUCUUUGAGACUGUGGAGGAGCUGAAUGAACCCAUUCCUGCAAAGAUCACUGGGGUGUUGCCAUCAUGGCUUCGUGGCAGCCUUCUUAGGAUGGGUCCGGGUCUUUUCGAGAUUGGGGAUGAGCCGUUCCACCACCUGUUUGAUGGACAGGCCCUUAUACACAAGUUUGACCUCAAGGAUGGUCAUGUGACUUACUACAGGAGGUUCAUCAGGACGGAUACGUAUGUUCGCGCCAUGGCUGAGAACAGAAUUGUCAUCACUGAAUUUGGUACAGCAGCUUACCCGGACCCCUGCAAAAACAUCUUCUCCAGAUUCUUUACCUACUUCAAAGGCAUUGAAGUCACUGAUAACUGCCUCGUUAACGUCUAUCCAAUUGGUGAGGAUUUCUACGCGGUCACUGAAAGUAAUUACAUCACCAAGGUUGAUCCUGAUUCGCUAGACACCAUAAAGAAGGUAGAUCUGUGUAAGUACCUGUCGGUGAACGGGGUGACCGCACACCCCCACACUGAAGCAGACGGCACCGUCUAUAACAUUGGCAACUGCUUCGGCAAGAACAUGAGUCUGGCCUACAACAUCGUUAAGAUCCCACCCGCUGAGAACGAUGGGUCGGAUCCUUUUGAGAAGUCUCAGGUUGUGGUUCAGCUACCCAGCAGUGAGCGGCUCAAACCCUCCUACAUCCACAGCUUUGGCAUCACGGACAACUAUUUUGUAUUCGUGGAGCAGGCGGUGAAGAUCAACCUGCUGAAGUUCCUGUCGGCGUGGAGCAUCAGAGGAGCCACCUACAUGGACUGCUUUGAAUGCAACGACAGCUUGGGAUCUUGGUUCCACCUGGCCACGAAGAAUCCAGCCGGUUAUCUGAGCAGCCACAGGUUCAGAACAUCAACCUUCAAUCUCUUUCAUCACAUCAACACCUACGAGGAUGAAGGCUUCAUCGUCGUCGACCUGUGCACGUGGAAAGGGUAUGAACUUGUGUACAACUACCUUUACCUCGCCAACCUGAGGCAGGAGUGGGAGGAGCUAAAGAAGGCAGCGAGCCGAGCUCCUCAGCCUGAAGUCAGGAGAUACGUGCUGCCGCUCCACAUACACGGGGAAGAACUGGGGAAGAACUUGGUGACUCUUUCUUACACCACAGCAACGGCUGCUCUUCGCAGUGACGGGACCAUCUGGCUCGAGCCUGAAGUCCUGUUUUCAAGUCCGCGGCAGGCCUUCGAGUUCCCUCAGAUUAACUAUCCGCAGUGUCGUGGGAAGAAGUACUCAUUCGUGUACGGACUGGGACUCAACCAUUUCAUCCCCGACAGGAUAGUCAAACUUAACGUACAGACCAAGCAGAUGUGGGUGUGGCAGGAGGACGAGUGCUACCCAUCAGAGCCGCUCUUCGUACCAACACCUGGAGCUACAGAGGAGGACGACGGUGUGCUGCUGAGCAUCGUGGUGAAGCCAGGUGCAGAGAGACCGAGCUCCCUGCUGGUGCUGGAUGCCAGAAAACUUACAGAGGUCGCCAGGGCAGAGGUCAAUGCCAUCAUCCCCUUGACCCUCCACGGCUCCUUCAAACUAAGAGACUGACCUGCUGCCGGAACAGGCUAAAGUACAUCCUGAAAACACCAGGUGGCACACAGCAGGCUCUGAUAAAACUCUUAAACCCCAAAUCUGAAUUUAACAAAUAUGUGGCUGUUCGCAGCGUAAAUUUAUAAUCCAACAAUGACGGCAAUAAAAUUCACAUUUUGCUUAGAUUCAACUUGUUUGAUCGUUCAAAAAGCUAGAGAACUACAAAAUAUUCAACAAAUAUGUUUUAAUCACCAAGAUUGAAUGAUGGAGAAACUUCAUCUCUCAAUUAAUCUGACACUUUGAGGCGGAUGUGGUGGAUUUCAGAUUUUCCAUCAAUCCGCUGUGAUGUAUUGACUUUAUUUCCCGCUGAAUGAUCGCAAACAUUUUUACAUUUUAGAGACAGGUUGUACACGUAAUGACCAACGUCUCUACAUCGGAGAGGUCGUACUGAGUUCUCCACAAAAGCAUCUUCAUCUUCAAGUGGUUUUAGUCCACAGGGAUAUGAUCAUCUUCAGCUGAAGAUACUGUUGGGAAACAUGAUUACACCUUCACCUGUCCUGAAAAUUAACUACCUUUUUUUUUUUAUACACUUUUCCUCGCUCUAACAAAGUAGGUUUAUACACAUGUAAGAGAAGUUAAAUGUUACCGACAGCAUGAAUGUCCGCAAAUCAGACACAAGGGGGUUAUUCCCGUUCUAAUUCAAUUCCAUCGUUAGCACGGUUUAUUUUUCUAUAGGUAAUUCAGUCAGCGAGGCUUACCGGCAAGCCGAGGCAGCGUCGCUCCAACAGCGGUCAGAGCACAAAGUAAUCCAUCAAACGUGAAAAUCCGUCAAAUGUGAAACGGUAAUUUUGUAUCAGAAUCCACAUCAGUACUUUCGUAUGGUAACUUAA